CCGGCGGUAGUGUAACUACCAGCAGGGCCACCCAAGCCGGACAGGUCGAAGGGUAGGAGGCAGACAAAGAAGUACUCCAAAGAAGGCGUCGUUGGGCUAAUCCCCCACACGCUGGAUAACCUCGGAUUCAGAGAAAUCAAAUCAGCCUCGGAACAGGACCGGACUCAAGGACAAAUAAAAGGAACAAGACUAAAAUCAGAUUCGGAACAUGGAACGUGACUACUUUGAAUGGAAAGGAGGUGGAAUUGGUGGAGGAGAUGAGAAAAUACAGGGUGCAACUGAUGGGACUGAGUGAGACGAAAAGGAAGGGCCAAGGGCAAGUGCAAUUGGACGGAGGUUAUUGUUUGAGAUAUUCAGGAGUGGAUAAGACAAGACGAGCAGGAGAGGGAGUUGGAGUGGUGGUGUCAGGUGAGCUGGAAGGAAAAGUGACUGGAUGGAAGGCGGUAAGCUCAAGGAUUAUGUAUGUGGACUUGGAGAUGGAAGAGACUGUUACAGUAAUUCAAGUCUAUGCCCCAACAGAAGAUUACGACAUUGCAGAUAAAGAAGCAUUCUAUGAAGAAUUACAGAAGGAAAUGGAUAAGGCACGAGACAGAAGUAGGCAUGUUAUCAUAAUGGGAGACUGGAAUGGAAGAAUAGGGAGUGAAGUGAACAGAGGACAAGGCUGUAUGGGAAGGUUUGCUGGGGAUAGAAUCUUGAAUGAUAAUGGAGAAAGGAUCAUAGACUUUUGCCUGGAAAACAACCUUAUGAUUGGAAACACUUUUUACAACCACAAAAAGAUACACCAAAUUACAUAUUCAGCUUUGGGUAGACAGGCAGAGAGUGUAAUUGACUACAUGGUGUACACAAGAAACACAAACUAUGCUGUAUGCGAUGUGAAGGUCAUAAGGGGGGCAGAGCUGGCAACUGACCAUAAAUUGCUUGUGCUGGACACAAACUUCAGUAUCCCUAAGGCAAGGAAAACCAAGGCAUAUGUAAAGGUCAAAGUUGAGGAACUGAGGAAGCCUGGAGUUAGGGAUGAGUUUUCCAGAAAAAUGGAAGAGGAAUUGACAUGGCAAAAUGAGGAAUUGGAAAGAAAAGGGAUAGAAGAUAUAUGGAAUGCACUUAAAACUACAAUAAAAAGAGUUGCAGAGCAGGCAUGUGGCAGUAGACAAAUUAAAGGGCAGGGUAAGAAACGUACAAAAUGGUGGAAUGAUGAGGUGAAGAUCAUGGUUAGAUACAAAAAGGAAGCAUGGAAAAGAUAUCUCCAAACAAGAACAGAGGAAGACAGAAGAGCAUAUGUGGAAAAACGGAACCAAGUGAAAGAGACUGUGAGACGGGCUAAAGCUGAAACUUGGCCCCAGAAUAUAUAAAAUAUGGAGGAUCUGGAGUCAAGCGGUAUCUAUGGCAACUAUUCAGAAAAGUUUGGAACAGCAAUGAGGUCCCCAAAGAUUGGGAGAAGAACAUAAUAAUCCCAAUUUAUAAAAAA